AUGGAAGACGACGAUGACGAGUUCGGAGAUCUCUACACAGACGUCCUUCGACCCUUUGCGACGUCGUUUUCGUCUCAGGUACCAGCUCAAACUCAAGCCACCACUACGACGUCGUCUCUGGACCGUCCGAUCGAUCACGACAACAUCCAAGGUAACGAUGAAGAGAUUCUCUUUGGAGCUCGCAAUUCCAAUUCAAACCCUUCUUUUAAUCCAUUUAUUAGUUCUCAGCAAAACCAACAGGAAAACCUAUCUUUCGAGCCCAACAAGCUCGGCGGAUUGGGUCAAUCGGGGCCGUCUAUCGAUAAAACUUCCGAUUCUGAUCGGAAUUUGAAAGAAGAUAAAAAAGAAGAGGGUUUAGCUGGGAUUGGGAUUAAUUGGGCGGAAUCGGAUUCGAAAACUAGGGUUUUGGAGAGGAGUGAGGAUGUGGAAUUACAAGACAGGGCUUUUAGGGUUUCAAAUUUUAUGGACGAGGAAAAUAUUGACGUUGUGGUUGAAGAGAGAGACGAUAAAGAUGAUCUUCUGGUGGAAAACGAUGAGAAAUUGAAGGGUAGAAGUGAGGAUCUCGAGAACUUGUUGGGUAGAAUUGACAAGACUGAGAAGUUUGGGGGUGAUAAUGAAAUUGGGGAGAUGGCUACGGAGUCAAUGAUUCCGGAGGUAUCGAUUCCAGGGAUCUCGGGUACGGUGGAUAACCGGGCAGAGGGGAAUCUCGAGGAUGAUUGGGAUAGUGAUAGUGAGGAUGAUUUGCAAAUUGUGUUGAAUGAUAACAAUCACGGGCCUUUGGGAAUGGAGAGAAUUGGAGGUGGCGGUGAUGAUGACGAUGAGGAUGAAGAUGGGGAGCCUUUGGUUAUUGUAGCUGAUAGCGACAACCUCAACCAUCAACCAAUGGUAGAGGAGCAAGACUGGGGUGAAGAAACGGCCCAGACAGGAGAUGGUGAGAGAAAAGAAUUGGGUGAUGCGGCAAAAGUGAACGGUGUAAUUGCUAUGGCACCAAAGAUUGGGUACAGCAAUCAUGGUUACCAUCCAUUUCAUUCUCAGUUCAAGGUCAGUGGAAUUGUACAUGUGGGGUUUUGUGGUUUCCCGUUGUUUGAUGAGAAUUUGAAAUGUACACAGGGUAUAUGGCCAUUUGCAAAAUUAAUAGCUGCCCCUCUCGGUGAGGAAAAUGCUUUAAAUAAUAGUUCCUUUCUUACUCGGCCACUAGUGGGAAAUGUUGCACAUNAAGACGACGAUGACGAGUUCGGAGAUCUCUACACAGACGUCCUUCGACCCUUUGCGACGUCGUUUUCGUCUCAGGUACCAGCUCAAACUCAAGCCACCACUACGACGUCGUCUCUGGACCGUCCGAUCGAUCACGACAACAUCCAAGGUAACGAUGAAGAGAUUCUCUUUGGAGCUCGCAAUUCCAAUUCAAACCCUUCUUUUAAUCCAUUUAUUAGUUCUCAGCAAAACCAACAGGAAAACCUAUCUUUCGAGCCCAACAAGCUCGGUGGAUUGGGUCAAUCGGGGCCGUCUAUCGAUAAAACUUCCGAUUCUGAUCGGAAUUUGAAAGAAGAUAAAAAAGAAGAGGGUUUAGCUGGGAUUGGGAUUAAUUGGGCGGAAUCGGAUUCGAAAACUAGGGUUUUGGAGAGGAGUGAGGAUGUGGAAUUACAAGACAGGGCUUUUAGGGUUUCAAAUUUUAUGGACGAGGAAAAUAUUGACGUUGUGGUUGAAGAGAGAGACGAUAAAGAUGAUCUUCUGGUGGAAAACGAUGAGAAAUUGAAGGGUAGAAGUGAGGAUCUCGAGAACUUGUUGGGUAGAAUUGACAAGACUGAGAAGUUUGGGGGUGAUAAUGAAAUUGGGGAGAUGGCUACGGAGUCAAUGAUUCCGGAGGUAUCGAUUCCAGGGAUCUCGGGUACGGUGGAUAACCGGGCAGAGGGGAAUCUCGAGGAUGAUUGGGAUAGUGAUAGUGAGGAUGAUUUGCAAAUUGUGUUGAAUGAUAACAAUCACGGGCCUUUGGGAAUGGAGAGAAUUGGAGGUGGCGGUGAUGAUGACGAUGAGGAUGAAGAUGGGGAGCCUUUGGUUAUUGUAGCUGAUAGCGACAACCUCAACCAUCAACCAAUGGUAGAGGAGCAAGACUGGGGUGAAGAAACGGCCCAGACAGGAGAUGGUGAGAGAAAAGAAUUGGGUGAUGCGGCAAAAGUGAACGGUGUAAUUGCUAUGGCACCAAAGAUUGGGUACAGCAAUCAUGGUUACCAUCCAUUUCAUUCUCAGUUCAAGUAUGUGAGACCCGGUGCAGCACCGAUGCCUGGAGCAGCUCCUUUGGGCCCUGGAGGAGCCCCAGGUCAAGUUCGGCCGCCUGUCAACGUCGGUCCCAUUACCGGUCGUGGUAGAGCUGAUUGGCGUCCAACGGGAAUAAGAAGUGCUUCUCCCAUGCAGAAAGGUUUUCAUCCAGGUUAUGGGAUGCCCCUUUGGGGCAACAAUGCAGGACGUGGUUUCAGCAGUGGACUGGAUUUCACACUUCCGUCGCACAAGACUAUAUUUGAAGUUGAUAUCGAUAGUUUUGAGGAAAAACCAUGGAAACUCCAGGGUAUUGAUGUAUCAGAUUUUUUCAACUUUGGUCUAAAUGAGGAAAGCUGGAAAGAGUAUUGCAAACAGCUGGAGCAGUUCCGCCUGGAGGCAACCAUGCAAAGCAAAAUUCGUGUUUACGAAGGUGGGAGGACAGAACAGGAGUUUGAUCCGGAUCUGCCCCCAGAACUAGCAGCAGCAGCAGGUAUUCACGAUGUUGCAUCUGAAAAUGCAAAUCUGGGCAAGACAGAUACUGGACAAAGUGACUUUGCAAAAGGAUCUGCGCGUAUGCGACCGCCUCUACCGACUGGAAGAGCAAUACAGGUGGAAAGUGGUUAUGGCGAACGCCUCCCAUCCAUUGAUACCCGUCCAGCACGAGUGCGUGAUUCCGAUGCGAUCAUUGAGAUUGUCUUGCAGGAUUCUACCGAUGGCGAUUCCUACCCAGGAAAUGACAUCGCAGAAAAUGAUCCAUCAAGAGAGGAUUUCAGAGGAGGUGAUGAAAAUGAAGAUGAGAUCCUGCAGGAAAAUGCCAAACAUUUUAAUGGUUCUCCACGUGGUUAUGAUGGUAGGAAGAGGGAGCUUCUAGGAAGAAGAGCACCAUUCAUGAAUCCUGAUGAUGACAAUAUUACUGAUGGAGAUGGAAUGAUGCCUCCUCAUUCAGAAGCACUCAGUAAACAUCGUUCUGAUUCAAGGGGGAAUGCCAUUGGAUAUCCUGAUAGGAAUUUUGGCAUCCCUCACGAUGAGAGAAGAGAAAGGAAAGCUAUCAAACCAUUUGCGAGCUUCCAAUGGAAGCUCACUUAA